ACCUUCUCAGAACCUUCUACCAACCAUUCAUCCACCCUGGUUGCAACCGCCCUCCUUGCAACCUCUUCUAAAUACCACUACAACGACCCAUUACAAGGCAUUCAGUAGGCUUCCCUUGUAACGCUCUCCUAUCGAUUCGCGAUGGCAGAUGAUAGUAUGGAGAUAUCCUCUGAGCAUGGCCAGAAUACUGGCGACGAUAUCGACAUCGAUAUCGAUAUCACAGCUGGUCAGGCUGAUGAGGACUACAUUCUACAAGAUACCCUAUCAACUGUGGAUUAUGGGAACGAAUUUCCCACACAACCAUCUCCAGCGGUGCACCAUGAUGAUCUCAUGGUAGAUGACGACAAUGCAUCUUACCAAAUGGACGAUGCUGAUUUCAUUCAAGACGAAGCCGAGCAUAUCGCAGAACCAGAAUCGAUGUCUUUUGCCCAAACCGACAUACUUUAUACACAUGGAGAUGAUGGAAGUGCUGCCGAUGCUAUUAUAUACAGCGAAGAUCAUGACAUCGGCCUAUUCUUCGGUCAAGAUGGUGGCAACGAAAUGGACGCCACCGGCCGUGAUCUUGUGCUAGAUUCGGAGAAUAUUUCCCAUGAUGGGAAUAUUGCACCGAUUCCUGAAGGCGUUCUUCCUCAUGCAGAUACCAUACUCCCACAAGAUUAUAGCAAUCAAGGGGACCAAGCUGAUAAAAGCCCCUCGCAAUCGCUUGGACCUUCUCCACAAAGUCGCAGUCCCGCAGCUGCUGCAGAAGAGCCCAGAAGUCCUCCCGCAUCUCUUGGUCAUUUAUCUCCCGUCCGUGAAUCUAAUGAUACUAUCUCAGAUCCUACUUCUAAUCCCCAAGAGGCAUCUGGUGAAGUCGACGAACCUGAAUCAAUAGAGCACACAUAUGAUUUCCUGACAGCUCGUGGAGUUAAGGUUGUAUAUCAGUCGGUGGAAUACGCAUUGUUUGCAACGUCUGAUUCAGACGAUCCGGAUUCAUACUUCUUGUCAGACCUCGCUAUUAUCGAGAAGCCCCUCGAACAAUUUUUCUCGGCUAUUCGUGAGAUCAUCCGCGAUGACUUAACUGCUGAUGAAGAACUUUGUUUGAAUGUUGAAGACCUGGGUCUUGAGACGGAGGAAGCCUCAUCAAACCUCAAAGAUGUAACCCUGUCACAGAUCUUGAACUUGCAUGAUGAACUUUUGCGUAACGAUAGUGUAGACUCGCCUGGACCGCUCUAUCUUCUCCUUGGCACUCGGGUGAAUUUCAUCAAGAGACUUGCCAGUCUUGCCGAAGGUGCUUCUUUAGGUAAAGGAUUUUCUGAAAUGGCGGGCUUAGAGAACAGAAGCCAGAGUGUGGAUGAUGUGGGAGAUGGAGAUGAGACUGCGAGGAAUGUUCAGUCAAACUAUGAGAAUCUGGAAAGAGCAAACGAUGCUACAGGAGAUACUACACAAGGUAUUGAAAAAGGUGACCUGGAGAAUGGUCCUUCAACCGAAGAUCAAGUAGACUCACUGGAGAUUUACGAAGAGGCGGAAGUCCCAGACGACGAGAAAGAGGCUAGCGAGCGUCAUGAUGAGCAGCAAGCAGCACCUGAAGAAUACCCAGAGGAUUACGAUGACAAAUUACAACACAGCAAGGAGAGCACACAGAGCACCAUAGAGAAGACGUCAAAUCCAAGCCAGUGGCUCAUAGUCCUGCCAUGACCGACAAUGCUAAGGAUUCCAUCGUCACUAACAGCAGUCACAAGACCAAAAGUGACUCCGUACCAGAUUCGAGCAGUAAGCAUA